AAUAGUGCAGGUGGAAAAGCGUACUCAUUUGUUUCCAUUCCAGGCACCAAUCAAAAGAAACGACCGCGCAGAAGAUACGACGAAAUUGAACGACUUUAUCAUUGUAAUUAUCAAAAUUGUACAAAAUCUUAUGGUACACUGAAUCAUUUGAAUGCACACAUUACAAUGCAAAAACAUGGCCCUAAACGUUCUCCUGAUGAGUUCAAAGAAAUGAGAAGGAAAUGGCGCGAACAAAAAAAGGAA